GAAAACCGUCCGAUCCCAGAACCAGGUCCCAAUGAGGUCCUCCUGCGGAUGCAUUCUGUUGGGAUCUGUGGGUCUGAUGUUCACUACUGGCAGCACGGUCGAAUCGGGAAUUUUGUUGUGAAGGACCCCAUGGUCUUGGGGCACGAAGCUUCUGGGACUGUCGUCAAAGUGGGAUCAGGAGUGACUCAUCUGAAACCGGGUGAUCGAGUGGCCAUCGAGCCCGGUGUCCCAAGAGAAAUGGAUGAGUUCUGCAAAACCGGCCACUAUAACCUGUCUCCAACCAUCUUCUUCUGCGCGACGCCUCCUGACGAUGGGAACUUGUGCCGCUACUACAAGCACAGUGCCAGCUACUGCUACAAGCUUCCAGAUAAUGUCACCUUUGAAGAAGGAGCCCUUAUCGAGCCUCUUUCGGUGGGAAUCCACGCCUGCAAAAGGGCUGGAGUCACUCUGGGAAGCAAGGUCUUCGUGUCCGGCUCUGGACCAAUUGGCCUUGUUAACGUGCUGGUUGCUAAGAUGAUGGGUGCAGCAGCUGUGGUAAUUACAGAUUUAUCUGCCUCUCGACUGCAAAAAGCCAAGGAGGUGGGGGCAGAUUUCACCAUCCAGAUAAAGAAUGAGACCCCACAGGAGGUGGCCUCCAAAGUGGAAAGUCUGCUUGGCUGCAUGCCUGAGAUAACUGUGGAGUGUACAGGAGUGGAAGCUUGCAUCCAGGCUGGCAUUUAUGCCACUCGUUCUGGUGGGACCUUGGUGCUGGUAGGGCUGGGGCCUGACAUGGUCACUGUGCCCAUCGUGAACGCUGCUGUGCGAGAGGUGGAUAUCCGGGGGAUAUUCCGCUACUGCAACACGUGA